CACCCACAGCUGUAAGGGGUGCUUUUGGUAGCGUAACUCAAAUUGCAGCAUGUUUUGGACUUAUGGGCUCUCUAUUUAUUGGAUUCCCAUCCAAAGAAUUAGUGGGUUGGUGGCGGAUUUGUUUCUGGGUAUCUGCCAUUCCUGCUGCAAUACUGGCCUUUUUCAUGGAGUUCUGCGCUGAGAGUCCUCAUUGGCUUUAUAAGAGGGGAAGAAGCAAUGAGGCUGAAGCAGAAUUUGAGAAGCUCUUGGGAGGGAUACAUGUGAAACCUGCAAUGACUGAACUGUUGAGGACUGGAAGAGAUGAUGAGACUGAUAAGGUGAAACUUUCAGAAUUACUCUGUGGCCGUCAUUUCAAAGUGAUGUUCAUUGGAUCUACGCUUUUUGCUUUACAGCAGCUAUCUGGCAUAAAUGCUGUUUUUUAUUUCUCUUCGGCUGUCUUUAAAACCUUUGGUGUCCCAUCUGGCCUUGCAAACACAUGUGUAGGAAUUUGCAAUUUACUGGGGUCUGUUCUUGCAAUGAUUCUAAUGGAUAAACUUGGAAGGAAAGCGCUUCUCCUGUGGAGCUUUUUGGGCAUGGCGGUGGCAAUGGGUCUCCAAGUUAUUGCUGCAAGUUCUUUGGCGUCAGGGUCUGGAGCAAUGUAUUUAUCUGUUGGUGGCAUGUUGAUGUUUGUCCUGACAUUCUCUGUGGGAGCCGGUCCCGUACCUUCUCUUCUGCUAUCAGAAAUAUUACCCAGCAGGAUCAGGGCAAAGGCAUUGGCAAUUUGCUUGGCUGUGCAUUGGAUGAUUAAUUUCUUUGUUGGUCUGUUAUUUUUGCGCUUGCUGGAACAACUCGGGGCACAACUCCUGUAUACUAUUUUUGGCGCAUUCUGUCUGGUGGCAGUGAUAUUUGUGAAGAAUAAUGUUGUGGAAACAAAAGGAAAGUCACUACAAGAAAUUGAAGUUGCACUUCUUUCACAAGAAGCAGCAUAAAUGGUUAAAGAGGGGCAAGAUGAGUUAGGGAAUCUUCUGGCACAUGUACCUGUCCUCUUGGAAGGGUCACCAUAUAUAACGUAAUUCUAUUAAUAGCUUACUAGAAGGCCUAUGUAAAUUUCGAGUGUUUUUCUAUGUUUCUUGUCAAAUGUAAGAUUGAUGGCCACAUUGUGAUUAAUGAUCUUUGAGGACGACUAUAGCUACACAAUUGAUGUCAAAAUUUUGUUAUUCUUCACUUGGUCGAAGGAAUUCACGGAGGGUUGAACGUACAAUUUCAUACUUACGCAAGAUUUAAGGAGAUGCGAAUUGUCAAUUGAGCCAAGCGGUUCUGACAGUU